AUGCUGAACGACUUCUACAUUGAUGGCAAUACAUCAGUAUCAGAACAAAUGCUUCUGACCCUACCAGCGAAUCUUGGCUUACCAUUUGGCGCUCUUCUACUUACACUCUUUGGUAAUAAAAUUGGCCACUGGCGAUGGACUCUGAUCGGCUCGGUCUUCUCUCUCGUGCUCUGGGGCAGUCUCAUGGCUCUUGUCACGCCAUAUAACAAGGCCAUGAUGAUCGCAUUUGUGGUCCUUGGGCAGAUUUCCUACGGAUGGGCCGCAUACUUGGCAGUGACUUUCACCCAGCUUGGAGUCCCCCAGAUCUACCUUGGCAUCUCUGGUGGACUUGCUGGGCUGGCCCGAUACGCUGGAGGUGCUGUCGCAUCCGCUUGUUAUUCUAGUGCCAUUGGAAACGGCCUGAGCACCAAGGGAGCAGAGCUCAUCCCUAAGGCAGCACUUCGUGCUGGUCUUCCAGAAUCAUCCCUGGAGGAGUUGAUGGCAGCAGAUGGCUAA